GGAAGAGCAUGGGUGUGUUUCCGCUUUGCUGCUGCCCUCAAACUGCACCGAACAACUUCUCACCAGACCCGGAUUGUCAAGAUGGAGCUGCGUCCCUUGUUCAUGUGCUUUGCCGUGUGCCUGGUGUACGCCUCCAGUAAACCCAUGGAGAAGAAAGACCGUGUGCAUCAUGAUGAACCGCUGAGUAACCGCGAGCACAAUGACGCAGAGGACUUUGAUUAUGACCAUGAAGCUUUUCUGGGACAAGAGGAGGCCAAAACUUUUGACCAGCUCACGCCUGAGGAGAGCAAGGAGCGCCUCGGUAUGUUGGUGGAGCGCAUUGAUGAAGACCAAGAUGGCUUUGUGACAGUGGAGGAGAUGAAGAAGUGGAUCAAACAUGCCCAGAAGAGGUGGAUUUAUGACGAUGUGGACAGACAGUGGAAGAGCCAUGACCUGAAUGGAGACGGGGUUGUGUCCUGGGACGAGUACAGGAACGCCACCUAUGGAUACAUCCUUGAUGACAGUGACCCAGAGGAUGGCUUGAGCUACAGACAGAUGAUGGACCGCGAUGAGAGGAGAUUCAAGAUGGCUGACCAGGAUUCAGACAUGAAGGCUAACAAAGAGGAGUUCACCGCGUUUCUUCACCCAGAGGAGUACGAUCACAUGAAGGACAUUGUGGUCCUGGAAACCAUGGAGGACAUCGACAAGAACGGAGAUGGCCUGAUUGACCUGGACGAGUACAUCGGUGACAUGUACAACCAGGACGGGGAUGCCUCCGAGCCCGAGUGGGUGAAGACAGAGCGUGAACAGUUUACUGAGUUCAGGGACAAAAAUAAAGAUGGGAAAAUGGACAAAGAGGAGACCCGAGACUGGAUCCUUCCCAGUGACUAUGAUCAUGCUGAGGCCGAGGCCAAGCACCUGGUCUAUGAGUCAGAUUCUGAUAAGGACGGCCGUCUGACCAAACUGGAGAUCGUGGACAAAUACGACCUCUUCGUGGGCAGCCAGGCCACAGACUUCGGGGAGGCGCUCACACGACACGAUGAGUUUUAACUCCUCGCCUCCUGCUCAGAGACUCAGGCUCUCAGAGACUCAGGCUGUGCUGCUCGCCUCUGCCACUAGAGAGCGCUGUCACCACCAUGGGCCCAAAUGCCACGGACAAUAAUUUAUUUGAAUGUUGUUGUUGUUUUUUUUUAUGAAAAAUGAUUCCUACACAAGUUUGGUCAGUUUUAAAUUCCACUUUUUUCACUAUAGAAGGAUGGACAGUGUUAAAGACAAAAAAAAAAAAAAAAAAAAUCAGGAUGCAUCUUUCUAAAAUGCACUGGACCAUUAAGAGUAACAUUUUGCUGUAAAUUUUGUAUCAUGCCCAAAUAGAUGUGUUUUUGUUUUUUUUAAUGGUACAAUAUAUAACUUUUCUGGUCUAGGGUAUGUCACCUGCUUGUUUCCAUGCAGACGUUACUGCUCGAAUGAUCUACUCUAUGGCAUUAGACAUGUCAGUGACACUUAAUAACUACACCUUAAUAAAGCCUAAACAAAGACUUAAUUCAUAAUGAACAAAUAGUUUAUUAAAAUGAUUCAGUGCUAAUUAUGUAGUUACUAAUCCUGAAUUGUUCUUAAUAUUUUUUUGUUUGUUUUAUGCAUUAUUAAGGCUAAGUGGUUUUAGUUGAUGUCAUGGAGACGAGCAGGUGACAACACAACACUUAAGUUACAGGCCAGAUCUGUGGAUAGGAAAGUAAAAAUGUUGUUCAAGAUGUCUUCAUAGCAAUAAAAAUGCCAGUAGUUCAAUCAGUCCAGUAUAUAUAACUUAAAUGCCAUGCUGUGGAACAUUCCGGGCAAAUCAACAUUUUCAUGGAGAUAAGAAGGUAACAGGCUGAGAUCCUUCACUAGAAAAGUUACACAUUGCACCUUUACUAAAUGAAUGUUGUGUUGCUGAUGGUAGGAGACUGCUAAAUCAGAGUGAAGACUAUUUGGACCAGUGCAAUAAUGAAAGCAGGUUUAGUUUUUAAUAGAAUGAUGUCUCUCGGUGAAUGUUGGACUUGAAGGCCUUGAUCGAACAGUUUUGUCCAGAGAAGCUGCAUUAUGCAUCACCACACUGGUAUGCAUGUUGUGUACAUAUAUUACUUGUGUAUUUCUGUUUGAUGUGUUUACUUUUGUAUUUUGUGCCAAGCUAAAAAAAAACAAAAAACACUUUGAUUUCACGCAAAAAGUUAACCCUUUGUUUUGAUUGGAUUCGUCCUAAAAGUUUGGCUUGUAUUAUCACUACCACCUUAUAACCACUGUUGAUACUUUUAUCUAUGAUUAUAAAUUGUAUAUGAAAUUGUUUUUUACAGGCUGACCUCACCGACAGAAGUGACUUUACUGUAAUGAUGUUGGUGCAGCCCAAGUAAGGUCCAUUUUGUGAUUGGGAGAAAUGUCUCAAUAAAAUAAAACAAAAGGAUUAAA